AUGAAUAGCACCAAGGAUUCCCUUAGGUUCUUGAGUGUUUCUGAUAUACAGGGUAAUAUACUUGCCUUGCAAGACUUGUACGACAAUGAAAUAAGAAAGCAAAAUCCUAUUGACUUUAUAAUCCAUACGGGCAACUUUGGAUUUUGGAAUCACGACACUAUAGACCUGUAUCAUGAUGUACAGUAUUUGAAGCAAAUAGUAGCAUUCCUGGAAGUAUUAGAUAAAUCUACAGUCCAUGACUUGAAUGACUUAUCCACUGUUCAAACGAAGAAUGCUAAUCCAUUGGAUGAAAUUAAUAUCUUCAAACAGAAGCUUAAAGAUUCGAAGAAAGGUAUAUCACAACUAGACUUAUAUAUAAAUGGUCAGUUUAAACUUCCAUGUCCAGUGUAUACUAUAUUUGGGCCGUUAGAUGAUCCACAAAUAAUAGAUAAAUUUCAAUCAGGAGAAAUACAAAUCCCCAAUUUACAUUUGAUAGACCAUACAAAGUGUUAUGAAAUCCCGAGUCCAUUAGAAUCUCAGCCUGGUAUUAAACUAUACGGACUUGGUGGUAAUUUAAAGAUACAUAGUUUAUUCGAUAAUGGUAAUUUUCAUUAUAAUUCUAUAUCAGGCAAAAUUGGGGACCUAUGGAUAACUUUACUCCAAAUUGCUGAAUUGUAUAUAAACUUUAUGAAUACUGGAAAUAAGAAGACGAUUAACAUAUUUAUGUCCCAUGCUCCAGUCAUCAAGACUCCAUUACUAGAACACUUGGCAAUUUUAACAAAUGCAGAUUUUACAAUUAGUCAAGGUUUACAUUUUAGGUACCCGGUAAUGGGCAACGGCAUGAGUUUCGUCGACAGUAUGGGGGGGAGCGCUGGAUAUAUUGAAAACUAUAGAUCGAAAUUUUCACGCUUACGAAUGAUAUUAGGGGAAUAUUGGUUGGCCAUCAAGCCUGAUUUGAGUGCAUUAUUACAAGAGACGGAAGAGUCUGAAAGGGAAAACGUAACUAAACUAAUAGAAAUGGGAUUAAGCUUAUUUGAUAAAAUACCCAUUUCAAUAAACGAUUCUAUAGAUAAAAUAAUACCCUUGACAUUGGAUGAUUCCGUACCUGAGGAUACGGGGACCAGUAAAAAAAUAUUAAAAAAGAUAAAUGAUUAUUACUUUUCAGCAUACUAUAACUUGUGGCACUUCAAUUUGUGUGACCACGUCAUUAAUUCUACAGAACUGGACUAUAAUAUAAUGAUUUUCAAAUUGAAUAAGUAUGGAAAUUUUAAAUUGGACUAUUGCAACAGUCAGGGAUUUAAUUUUAACUUUAAGUUACAAGAUGGAUAUGAUGAAAACGAAGAAAUUGAUGAUGACUAUGAAGCUGAAGAAGUUGAUUCGAGGCAUUCAUUCAAUGCGAUUGAAUAUUCACCAAAAACGGGAAUUAAGAAAGCGGUUAUAAUCAGUAACCCCAAAAAUGAAGAAAACGGCGAUGCAGACGAAAAUAAUGAAUAUGAUGACGAAUACAAUAAUGAAUACAUGAAUGAAGAGAAUGAUGACGAGAAUGAAAGAAGGAAGCGAUUUGCAUUGCGUGGUAGAAGAGGCCGUGGAAGAGGCAGAGGAAGAUCGUUUCGAGGUAAACCACGGGGUAGAGGAAGACCGUAG